GACAACGUCUGCUUAUCACCUGCCAUUAACCAACGAAAACGAUCAAAUUAAGAUGGCUCCGAGUCCGGGUUCAAGUCAACAGCAGCGAUCUCCAUGUUCUUCCAACGACAGCGUAAAACGAAAAUACCAAGGUGACGGCGAAGCAGCUUCUCCAAAGCGACGUAAAUCGGGCGAUAGCGAAUUGGGACGAUACUUUGACAAUGAUGAUACGCAAGCAGAGGCCGACAAAAAAACAAAGCAUGCUAUUGAAUCUGCCAAGUUCACCAACAUUUUGACCGCCAUGUGCGAGAACACCAUCUUGGUGACAGAACUUGGGAAACAUCUUCCCGUAAGGGACAUAUUGACACUAUAUUCUACUGUUCGCACUUUCCAUCAAUCAGUCAAUGCCUAUUUAUUGUCUAAUAUUCGAAGCUGGGUGGAAUAUAAAGCCCCAGAUGCAGGUCGAAUAUUCCCCUUCCAGUUCUAUCGGCGUCACCUCGUCCCCGAUCCUGCUGGCAGAAGCUGGGAGCAGCAAUACGAAUCUGGGCAGCCAGUUCAAGCCAUAGAUGACGAUCAAAUAAAGGAAGUCCGCAACGUACCUGGGCUGAAGUAUCUACAGCUCGUUCUUGGCCGGGAUCAACGAUGUCGAGAGAUGAAGGCAAUCCUGGCUCGCAAUGGUCACCGGUUCCCCCCGUCUAUACACUCAACACUGUUGAAAUUGUGGCUGCUAAUGGACAUCGCGACAACUGCCCAGCGAGGAGCUCUGCUUCGAAAUAGGAAUGUUUGGACAGACAUCGAUCUGUACAAUGCGCAAAUGUUCUUUGUCAAACUGGGAUUGCACUUCAACGAUCCUAUAUACGGGCCGCGAUCUUACGAACUGCUCCAUCUUAUGAUGGGCCAAAAGGGCCUCUUUCCACUAUGGCAGCUGCUCUUGCGCAAACGGUUCACAACGGUGAUUGAAAUCCUGGAGCUGAAAGUGCGAUAUGACUUUCAAACACCGCCGGACCAUUGGGCUCACGAAUACUAUGGGGAAACCAUUUACGGUGUCCCAUUUGACGAGAUUGGUGUAAUGCACUUGGAAGGAUGGGGCAAAGGAACGAAGCAUCUACUACGACCAGACGAACUCGUACCUAUCGAAGCAACUUCUCGUGGUCUUCAGCUACAGCAUCAUAUAGUACACAUGAUGAUUUGGGGGUAUAUAAAUCGAGAGACUGGUGAUAACUUGGUACCUAGCCUAGAGGAGCUCCAUUUGUCUGAUGAAGAGACACUGUUGAAGAAUGUCGACACAAGCCACCACUGGAAGCCCAAACAUGCCCUGAAGAAAAAGUGGCAUAAGCUCAGCCCGGAACAACAGCAAGAGAUUAUGGACGACGACGAGGAUGAGCGUCUGCGAGCAAUGGCAUGGUGCGGUGAUGACAGUGAUGCAUCGUCGAGUUCCAGUGGCGACGAUUCGAACAUGGCAUUCCCUUAUGACCCCAACGACGAAAUUGAACGAGGGUUUAUUGUACAGACACAGGAUAAAGACCACCAGUCGGAUGUACCAGCGCUGGAUGACCAAGCGGCCUGGCGAGACUUUAUCAGCGAGGCAAUGGAAGGGCUCGCUCUGGAAGUGGAUGAUGAUCAGCUAUUACGAGCUCAACCGUUUCUACAGUAUACAACAGAAGACGAGGCAGAUGAAUGGGACUGGGAAGAGAUGCUUAGACAAUCAAGAGAAGUACCUGAAGAGUAUGGUACCAUUGACGCGACACACGACACCUCUGGUGAUGAAGGCGAUACGACGCUGGAUGCUAAUGACGGAGAUGAUGAGUUUCCAUAUCACGAGAUAAAUAGCACAUUGUAG